CUGACUUGACAAGGAGCUUCUCAUCCGGUCCCCCCAAACAGAUCCCCCCCCCAGUCACAUGGAGAAUGCAUCCAGUUCAUCCAGCCAACCUCAACCCCAGAAGCGUAAACGCGUAGAACGCGGCCGCUCUAAAAACGGCUGCUUGACGUGUCUGACUAAAAAGGUCAAAUGCGAUGAGACGAGGCCGCAGUGUAAUCGCUGUGUGAGGCUGAGGCUCGAGUGUAGAUGGGCGACGCAGAUGCAGCCGCUGGCGGAGAGGAGGAGAGGCUUGGGGCCGAUUAAACAGAGGGAGAAGUGGACGCCGCAGACGAUUGUGCCAAAGACUGAUGAUGCUGUCAGUGAGGGCUCGCAGAGUGUCACGCCGCCUGCUUUGACGCCUGCUGGGGAAUUGCAAUUGCCUGAGGGAUUGCCUGCGGAUAUGUCGUUUGAUGUUCUACCCGUGGAGAAUGAAGCAGCAUCUGCAUCACCAACGAACUUCCCAGACAUACCACCAGAAGACAUGAUCAACCCCAUCACUAUCCCUCAAUACCCCCACGACUCAUCACAGCUCAUUCUAUACCCAACACCCUCCUUCGAUCUCCUCUCCCUCUUUCCCUCAUUCUCCUUCACAAACCCAACCGAGCCCGCUCCUUCAAUCGGGAGCGACGACGUCCAAGCCAUGACAUUCCACUCCACCGUCCUCGCACCCAUGAAAUCGACACGCAAAGCCGCUCUAUCAGCACACUCCAUCUUCCUCAACUUUGCCGUCCAGAAUCCCAUGGCGUUGCAUUUCCUUCUCGCCUUUUCACACAGCGAACUUGCUAUCCAUCAUGGUUUCAGUCAUAGACCGCCUUUGGAGUCGUAUUUGCAUUUUCAGAACGGGUCGCAGCUUUUAAGCCAGGCGCUUGUGACACUAUCGCCUACGAACCAUAUCGCGAUGAUGUUGUCGUUUUUGUAUCUUUAUAUGUUUUGGAUGAGGAGAGAUCCGUUGGAGGUGGAGAGAUUGCGCGAGUUGAGUACCUCGAUUCUUGCGUAUGUUACGACGUUUUCGCUAGAUGAGGUUUGUGCCAAUUCAGGUGGGAAUACGGGGACGUCGGAACCUGUUACGCUAUCGCGGAUCUUGACGUAUAUUUAUGAUCGCGAUGUAUUCUGUGGUUUCUUUGGCUGCGGCGCUGCUUUUGCGGGUUAUGUUAGCCAGAAGCAUGAGACGAGGCAGCGAAUAUGGCUUCUGUCACGAAUGCCGAUAUUGCCAGACCAGAAUGAGACGUGGUUCAGGUCUGAGAGUUUGCCGGAGACGAGUCAAAGAAAGAUUCUAGAUGUCUACUUCAGUUUAAUUACGAUACAAUACGAGAUAAACGUGUAUAGCCAGAGUAGUGAGCUGGCUAUACUUGGGAAGGGACUGGAGAUUAGGAACAAGCUGGACAAGAUACGAGAGGAGCAGAACUUUCUCUUCACCUUAUCAAAAGACUGCGCCCAACAGUCUACUCAACCGCCACUCAUGGCCCUCGUAGCUGUAACUAUCUUCCACGCCCUCGAAAUUUACCUGCACCGCAGCCGCGACACAUUCUUCGGCGAGACACCAGUCCCAGCUGAUAUCGAGCGAGCCCUCCAGGAACUAGUCUCAGCAGCAUACCACACCAUCCCCGUGGGACCAGUGCAGCUCCUAGAGCGGUUCCAAUGGGCUCUUCUGAUCGGGGGAAUCGAAACACAUGACCCUGUAUACCGAGAUUGGAUCUCGGCGAGUAUUUCAGACCCCGUUAUCAAGGGCGUUUACAAUCUCGUGGUAUCGGCUAAGACACUGUCGGCUAAGGGAAUAUCGAUGGAGGCGGUUCGCGAGUUAGUUAGCAAGCAGAGCACAGCAUCAUGAAUUGAUAGCUCAGCCCUCCAUCUUCAGUAUCUCCUCGAUAAAUCGAGCGGCUUAUCUCGUCGAUUAAUCUGACCACUCACGGAUCGCGCCACAAAUCCGGGGUAGACAAGCAAGGGACCCCAGAUUUUGGAGCCGAAUU